AUGGGAGAUCCCACGGAGAAAAUGCUUGAGGGGUACAAGAGGGAGGAUGAGUUUAUGGAGAAAGUGAGCCAAUGUGGUGGGUUCGAUAUCGAGCAUUUGAGGGGAAGACCAGCAUGUUUCUGGGCUGCGGAGAUCGCAGAAGAUGAAACCGCCCCCAAGGACAUCGUCCUAUAUGCUAGGUUUGGGAUCCAUAAGUACAAUAUGAUAGAGGGGACUAACUUGCAGCUGCAUGGCAUAGAGAAAUACAAUGUGUACCGUAAAGUACCUUAUUCCAUUCACCAUGUAACCGCAGUUGCAAAGGAUCCAUCUGCCGGCGGUUCCCUUGUAACUUUUCAGACCAGUUUUUAUGAAGAAGGCUUUGGCGUCAAGAGGUUGUCUUGUUUUAUUGCUAGACCUAAACUUGGACCACAUGGUAACAUUACCCUCGAUGAAGAUGAUAGUCCACUCACUGAAUCCGAACCUACAGACAAAAGUAGUUUGCCUGAGUGGCCGGGAGAGAAUGCUUUCGAGGAUAAAAAGCAUUAUUACGUGGUGAAGAAAUCAGAGGUUCGAAAAAAUGAUUGGAUUCGUUUAUACUUGGAGCUUGCAUUCUACACUGCAAAUUUGGCCCUUCCAAAUCUUGAUCUGUCGAAGUUGGUCAUUACUAAAGUAGCCGUGUAUAGUAGCGACGAGAGCAUCGUUGUGCCAAACGAGAGACUCACUGCCAGAAAUGCAAUCUUCUACAUCAAGUACAAGUACUGCCCACAUAAAAGUAAGGCUCGUGGUUGCAAGAGAAUACGUGAUCGCAUAGCUAUAAUAAGAAGAAAACUUGACAAGUUCUCUGGUGAUAUCACUCUCACGUUCGAGGGUACUUGCGAAUGGAGGCGCACUUUUCUGUAG